GAUCACCUUUCUCUGGUGGCCGUUUACCAAGGCCGUCACAGCCUGACUGAUUUCUCAGCUCCAGUGCUAGACAGGCUCACCACAUUGGGGUGGCACCAGUCCCGGGAUGGCGCUCCCUGUCAGCUGCCUCCUGGUGGCCAUGCUGUUUUCUGCCAGCUGUAAAGCCACCACCUUCUCAGAUCAGACGUGCACGGAGAAAGAAGCCAACAAAACAUAUAACUGUGAAAAUUUAGGUCUGAGAGAGAUUCCUGACACUCUACCAAACACAACAGAAUUUUUGGAAUUCAGUUUUAACUUCUUGCCUGCAAUUCAAAACACAACUUUCUGCAGACUCACAAAUCUGAUCUUUUUGGAUUUAACCAGGUGCCAGAUCAAUUGGAUCCAUGAAGACACUUUUCAAAGUCAUCACCAACUGGACACCCUUGUGCUGACCGGAAAUCCUCUGAUAUUCAUGGCCGAAACAUCCCUCCUCGGGCCCAGGGCACUGAAGCACCUUUUCUUAAUCCAAACGGGAAUAUCCAAUCUUGAGUUUAUCCCGGUGCACAAUCUGGAAAAUUUGGAAAGUCUGUAUCUUGGAAGCAACUAUAUUUCCUCCAUUAAGUUCCCAGAAAACUUCCCAACACAGAAUCUGAAGGUUCUGGAUUUUCAGAAUAAUGCUCUCCACUUCCUCUCUCGCGAAGACCUGAAUGCUCUGGGGGCCACCAACCUCAGCCUCAACCUCGAUAGCAAUGACCUUAAAGGCAUGGAGCCUGGGGCUUUCCAUGCAAAAGCCUUCCGAAGUUUGCGGUUUGGAGGGAUUCUCGACGUGCCUGUCAUAUUGAAAGGUCUGCAGAACUCUACUACUCAGUCUCUCUGGCUGGGGACAUACUGGGACACUGAAAGCCAGGACCUUACUCCAGCCAUGCUCGAGGGACUCUGUGAAAUGUCUGUGGAGAGCAUCAGCCUGCGGAGGUACCAUUUCUCUGACUUGUCGGCUACCACCUUCCGGUGCUUCACAGGCCUCCGGGAAUUGGACCUGACGGCAGCUCACUUGAAAGAGUUACCCUCUGGGAUUCAGGGUAUGAAUUCUCUCCAGAAAUUAGUUCUCAAUGUAAAUCAUUUUGAGCAGUUGUGUCAAAUCAAUGCCGCCAGUUUCCCAGCCCUCACAGACCUCUCUAUCAAAGGCAACCUGGAGGAACUUGACCUUGGUGCCGGGUGUUUGGAAAAACUAGAAAAUCUCCGGAGACUCGACUUAAGCCGCAGUGGCAUAAAGGCUUCUGACUGCUGCAAUCUGCAGCUCAAAGGCCUGCACCGCUUGCAGCACCUCAACCUGAGCUACGCUGAGUCCAUCGGUCUUCGGAGUCAGGCCUUCCAGGAGAGUCCUAAACUGGAAGUCCUGGAUUUGGCGUUUAUCCACCUGACGGUUAGAGUUCCGCAAAGUCCUUUCCAAAACCUCCCUCUCCUGCAGGCUCUGAAUCUCUCCCACUGCCUCCUCGAUGCCAGCAAUCAGCACCUUCUGGAAGGCCUGAGGGGUCUCCGGCAACUGAAUUUACAGGGAAACCACUUUCAAGAUGGGAGCCUCUCCAAGACCAACCUUCUUCAGACGGUAGCCGGCUUGGAGGUUCUGAUUUUAUCCUCCUGUGAGCUUCUCUCUAUAGACCCACAGGCCUUCCUCGGCCUUGGGAAUGUGACUCACAUAGACUUAAGCCACAACAGCCUGACAGAAAGCAGCGUCGAUGCUCUGGGCCACCUGAAGGGGCUCUACCUCAAUCUGGCCGCCAACAGCCUUCGCAUCAUCCCGCCCCGACUCCUCCCCAUCCUGGCCCAGCAGAGCACCAUUAACUUAAGUCACAAUCCUCUGGACUGCACUUGCUCCAAUGCCGGCUUCCUAACCUGGUUCAGAGAAAACCUGCACAGACUUGAGGACGCGGAGGAGACGGUGUGUGCGAACCCCCCAUCCUUAAGGGGAGUCAAGCUGUCUGAUGUCGACCUGUCCUGUGGGUUGACGGCCCUGGGCAUUUUUUUUCUCGUGGUAUUUUUAUUCUUAUUCACCAUCCUGCUAAUUUUUGCAGUUAAAUUCCUUCUUAGGUGGAAAUACCAGCACAUUUAGUGCUGGAGCUUUCUAGGGAUGGCAAAUAAAUGUGUUUAGCCAAAUUGCCCCAAAUAGGGGGACUGUUGUCUAUUAGGGACCAGACUUGACAGAUUGGUCCCUGGUGCUGGGCAGGGAUUUUCUGUGCUUUUCUGAGCCCCGGGACUAAGGACACUCCCUAGAAAAUAAAGGAGGGACAAAUGCAGCUGUGAGAAACACCCAGCCAUCUCCUCAUGUGGAAGUGGGUGGAAGUAGAGGGAGGACCUGGGGCAGGGCAAGGCCCAACCAGUUCACCCACGAGGAGGCCAUCUCCCUUCCACUCCUGGACACCCUUCAAAGCACAUCCCACCUUGACCCUAAAGGGAGACCACCAAGGCCCACAGCCUGGCAGCUCUGAGGACCUCAACUCCCGACUCUCUCUUGCACAAAUGAGGCCCUGCGUUUGGGUCUGAGUUCCCAGUAAUGUAGCUGUUUGGGGAAUUUGUUGUGGAUAAAGUCUUAAUGUUCGUUUUAAAUGAAAAAAAAAGGGAAAACAAUGAAUUUGGAAGAAGAGGCUGAGAACUUAAUCUUACCGUCAAAUGGACUCCAUUCAUCUCCCUAACCCUUAGGUGUCUGCAGUGUCUACUAAUGCCACUAGAAUGCACAUAGCUACAAAAGAAAA